AUGCGCAAGUUUGGGAGGCUUGCACACCACAUUAUGCGGUACCCCAUUAAAGUCGGGAGCGAACCUGACCGCCGGCGCCGCGCCUUCACCAGCUCUCCUAAGCUUCUUCCGCCAUCGCCCAUCGACGUAGCUAUCAUAACGACCGCACACAAGUAA